CUUCCGGUGAGGUCGCGCGUUUGUGUAGAAAACACAGUUGUUGGUUUGUAAAAUACAUUAACAAAGAUUUCAAAUGAUGGGAUGCUUUGAAAUAGGGGCUUUAUGGCUUAUGGUCACUAUAAUAAGCGUUGAUGCAGAUACCUCUGCAGGUGGAAUUCAAGCAGAAUGUCUUGGAAAUAGGGUGCAGUUUACCCUUCCUAGUUCUUUAAAUGUAGGAAGUCCUUUAGAGGUUUAUGCAGUCAAUAACACACAGACAGUCCUUCUCACACCUCACCUGGCGGCUCAGUGUGGCUACACACAGAAAUCGGAUCCUUGGGGAAAUACGAUAGUGUCAGCUUCCCUAAACAAUUGUUUUGCAGAGAACAAGGGUGACAAGGAAUUUAAAGUAGCCAUACAGGUUAAACUCUAUGAAUUCCCCAUGCUAUCUGAGAAAGUUCAUGAAGCAUUCAAGUCCUGCAGUCACUCCAUGGUUUCACGUGAGAUUUUGUGUGAGACAAACUUCAUGGAGGUAUCUGUAAGGAAUGCAAUACCAGAAAUCAAGAAAGCACCAGUGAAAGAGUGGCCCACAGUUAUACCUAACUUGCAACUCUGGAAGAUCUUACUCUACACCCCUGAAGAGAAGGCUUUUGAUAAAGAGACCCUCCAAGAGAUGGGCUACAGUGUUUACAGUUCUCCAACAAGGCUUGUCUUACGAAGCCCAUACAACAUGGCUGAAACCUUUGUCCAACAUGUUGACGAUGUUGAUAUGAUGGUGUUCAAAUCAGUGGUCUUGUUCAGAGACCGCUGGAUGUUGGCUAUAGUAGAGUCGGCAGCUGCCUGUCCAACCAAUGGAGCUUCUGUUGUGGGUCAGAUGAUUUAUUGGCACUUUCCUCUACACAUAACUCCUCUGGUGUCCUCAGAAGUUGAAAUCCUGGAGGUGCACAUGGGCAUUAAUGGUAGAAGGCUCACGCCUGAAGAGAUGAGUAGCCGUAACUUCAGCAUGAUGUUCACAGAGUCCCAUGUAGUUGUUGAGAUUCCUAUUGGGGCUCCUGGUGGUUAUUACAAGAGUCAUGCACUUGAGAACCAGAACCAUAUCAGUUACACCAUAGAACCCAUGCUUGAGCUACUGUGGAUGGAGGGUCUGGAUAAGACCACAUAUAAGGUGUUAUUCCCCAUCACCACCCCUUUAACACCAUGGCCCCCCCAAAUCACAGACUACACUCAACCCCAGAAGAAGGCAUUUGAUGUAUUGCUGGGUUACUUCCUACCUGAUGUGAAGCUGCUGAAUAUCACUUUUGGCUCUGAAUUGCUCACUGUCUCCGAGGUCAUUAUUAAAGGCAUUGUCCUGCAAGAGCAAAGCUUCCCCAAUGGCACCAAAGCCUUUACUCUUCAGGUUCCCUUCUCUGAACCUCAUGUCCAAGUAAAGACUCUUCACCCUGAUAGAAGAACCUACUCUCUUCCUCUUGUCUUUGGUUUUGUCAUCUUGCCUGAACAGGCAUCAUUUUCAUACUCCACAGAACUAGAAGUUUCUUUAAAUGACACUGUCCAUCCAAAUGCAGGGGGAAGAUGUAAUCAGGACAUCUUCAACAUUUUUGUCCAGUAUGGAAGCACCCCAAGAUCCCAAUUAAAGAUCAAACUGGGACAAGUGGAGAUUAAUGAUGAAGUUUUACAGCAAUAUGAACACCAUUCAAAUGAAACCCAUUUCAAAAUUGUUGUGCCAUUCCUGGCCCCACUUGUGGCUAUAGAGUCUGUACGGUUGACCGGAGUCGUGGGAAGAAUUGAUGUGGAAAUUUACGAUACAUUAAAUGACUGGCAUGUCAAAGACUUCUCCCUUGCCUGCACCUUUUUUGUAAAAAUGUCAGAGUGUUUUUCUAAUGGAACGAUUACUGUGGUGGUUCCCAAAUUGGAAUCUGUAACACGCCUGGUUCCCGGUGAACUCUCUCUAAAAGACCCAACCUGCAAACCCUACUACAAUGAAGACCACUUUGCUUAUUUUCGCUUUGAUGUCACCACUUGUGGAACCACACGAAAGUUUGUUGGGGACACCAUCAAAUAUGAGAAUGAAGUCACCUGGAAGAGAGAUGAACUUUUGCCUCAGAUCUCUGAAUUAUGGCCUGAGCCAGAAUACAGGUUCUCUGUGUCCUGCAUUUAUACCGCAAAUGCUACCCAGAGCAUGAUCUUCCACGCUGUCUCGCACCUUAAAGAGCCAGAGGCAGAUGUUGGAAAGGGUGAACUUACUGUUUCCCUGAGGCUCUCUCAGGAUAUGGUCUACAGACUUUUCUAUCAUGAUGGUGACUAUCCAGUUUUAAAGUUUCUGAAACAGCCUCUGUAUUUUGAGGUGGGUAUGGAUCACUCCAGGGACUCCAGGUUAGCAGUACGCCUGGAAAACUGUUGGGCAACACUCACCAAGGACAGAGAAUCCAAACCUAAAUGGGAUUUAAUAGUUGAUGGAUGUCCAAAUCAUAAAGACCCUGAACAGACCGUCUUCCAUCCUGUAAUUGAAGAUGAUCGAGUUGACAUCCCGGAUCACUUCAAGAGAUUUGAGGUUAAAACAUUUACUUUCAAAGAGGAUGAUGGGAGCUCUAAAAAUGAGGGUGCCGCUGUGGCCAGACGUGUAUUUGUCCACUGUGACGUUGUCAUUUGUCAUGUUGGAAACACUGCUGAUGGACAUUGUUACAAACAGUGUGGGGCGACUCAGAAUUCGAUCAGGAGCAGCUUAAAUCGAGUUCGCAGAAGUUCAAGCUUUUCAGAGGAAGCCCCGCAACAUGUGUCUAUAGGCCCCAUUCUGUUGAUAUGAACAUGUAAUUGCAUUUAGUUUUCCCAUUUAUCUCAGGAAAUGCACUAAUUCUGAAGGUAUCAACACAAGGAGACUUCUGAUUUUGAACACCACUUGGUGUAACACUGAACUCAAAACUGAUGCAGAUGAUGUGAACCUGUGGACGUGUUCUGUGAUAAACCAUUUUAACCCAAUAAAGUGUAAUUUUUGUCAUUA